AUUCGUUCCACCUACAUAUAAAAUGCUCAGCUAUUUACCUUGAUCCCCCGCGAAUCCAGGAGUCUCACUUGCGCCCUCUGUGCAUUUUACACAGUCACACACUGUCUUCGCUCUGAGAUCCUCCCCGAACUAUGUUCUGGUCCUCUAGCAAAGGCAAGACCCGAGCGCGGGUUUCGGCACCCAGAAUGCCCUGCGAACUGGAACGGUACAUUGUCGAGAUGUAUGCACUCGAAUGCGCCGGCCCGGAGCGGAUCCUACAGCUACUUCCCGUUUGCCAUCGGGUGCGAGUCUGGCUCGAGCCGGCACUCUACCGCACACUCAUAUUCAACGACGGAUGCGAUGAGCAGAGACUCCCCACCUGCGAGAUAAAUGCGAUCAAGCGUCUGUCUUCUGCCUAUCCAGGCGCCCUCCAGAACAUUGUAAAGAAUAUCAUGCUGAUCGGAGAAAGGCGGGAUACUGUGGAGUACGUGCUGAGGAGUUGCAAUGGGGCCGAGAAUGUGUUCCUCGCUGGAUGCGCCACUCGUGGGCUUGAUCUUUCGCUAAUUUCGCCGUCCCUCCGACAUUUGCAUUGUACUGUGGAGACCUUAGAACUGCUCAAUUGGAAACCUGAAGGGUUCACUUUCCCGGCUCUCACUCAUCUCGAGCUCUUCAACGUCGACGACCAUUCCCACAGACGCGUACCUCAAGCUCUUCUUCAUCUGCUGGGACGAAAGCACUUUCCAUAUCUGGCACAUCUGGCGAUAAGCGCAACAUCUGUAAUCCGCUACCUGCCGGAGGUUAUUCCGCACUUGCAAAACCUGGAGAGCGUCAUCAUCGUGAGCGCUUACCGCAUUGUCUCUUCGAGCCCUCUUCCAGAGAGCGACCGCCGAAUACUAAUGGAGGACCAGAGACUAGUUCUGGUCUCUGUUCCGGAUUAUAUCGAAGACUGGCAAGAUGGGGUGUUGAGUGCCAACGACUUCUGGGCAAGGGCAGCACGGAGAAUCGCAAACCGAUUCUCUGGCGCAGUUGAUGCCAGUCGCUAUGCCGUGAAUUUCAACGAUACGGAUUGAUGUGAUUCUCACGCAUGAAACGAUAAUGUACACUAUUUCUCUGUAGAAUCUUCCGGCCAUAUCGCAUGUGGUUUCAUCAAAGCUAUUCCGGGGGAAGAUAUACUGGGAUUCCUCUGGCGCUGCUGUACAUGGAACUCCACUUUUCACAGCUCUGUAUCUUGUUGUCCUUACAUUUACCUGGAUUCCGGAGAUUCUUGCCCGGGCAUCUCAAGUAUCCAAAGUGAAAUCCUACGCGCGUUUUUCCCAGAUGUAGGUACCGUAAAGGAAGUCCUGAUAAGUUGAU